AUGGCGACAGGGAGUUAUAGUCGAGCGAGGUGCGGGUGGUGCCCUCAAGAUAGCCAUCAGAGUGACAGAAGACGAACGCCAACACUGUACUGCUUACAUCGGCUUCGAUGUCGGCAAGCGACAAUUCAUUCUGGUGGCUGGCAGUGCAAGGCAACUCCUCUCGGCGUGCCCCGAACAUCACUUAGCGCUCGAAAUGAAAGCAUCCAAGGUGGUGGAGUGCGCAAGUUCGUUCCUCAGCAGUUGCCCGGCACAGUCCAGCGAAGAGCACGUCUUUGCUACAGCCUCCGAGGACGUAGACAACCCUACGCCUGCAGCAGUUCGAGUCCCCGCCAAGUCACCGCAGCAACCCCUGCUCGACUUCGAGGAGGAGUCUUCAAGUGGCAGCUCCGGCUCAGGAGACGAGGACCCGCUGAACGUUUUAGUGAAAGCGCAAAAGAAGCUUCGCGAUUCUUCUACCGGCAGAGGAAACGCAGGCCUUGCUUCAACACUGGUGGAGGGCAAGAAGGACCGAAGUCGUUACCCGUUGCUUUCGAAAGGAAGCCGCCGCAAGAAGGAAGAGAACCACCAGGACUUGAACGUGGCUCUGCAGGCUGCUGGCUCCGCAGCAGCAGGUUCGACAGAGGAUCCUUUGAGAACUCUGCUUACACUGCAGAUGUUGGAAACUUUGAAGUCAAAGAAAACUUCACGCAGAAGGAGUCCCUCCAGCUCUGCCUCGACUCUGAGCUCAAGCUCCGGGACUCGGGAGAGACGUUCGGGCAAAGACAAGGGGGCUGCCAAGGCCUUACGGCAGUACCACGAGUCGAAGCGCCGCAUGUUCAAACGUCCUCUCAAGCAUGUGCGGCGCUACCUGAAGGAGGUGGAAGAGCAGCUGGGGGGAGGAGACGACAUCCCCUAUCGCUUGGUGGAUUACACUCGCAAAAUCUACUGGGGCAAGCAGCGAACACUGCAGAGAGUCCAUGUCCUGCUACACGAGAUCCUGCGCCUGAUGUUGAAGAACCGGUUCGAAGAAGCAGCUCUUCAAACAGUUCUGAGCCUCCGAGCUGUGCACCAGUGCAGUUUGGACAACGGAAGGUGGGACUUAGCCUGGCUUCUCACGCACGUGGAGGACCCGUUUCAGAGAAGGCGGUGGGGCGGCGAGACUCAAGAGGUCGAAGUUGUCGCGGCUUACGUCAAAGCUCUGGAGGACUUGGAAAAGANNAGACUCGUUUUUUCGACAGCGGGCAGCCAGCGGAGGAGGAAGAGCAGCCAGAAGACAAGCCGGGCAAAGGAAAGCAGAAAGGAGCCAAGGGCAGUUCGAAAGGCGGCGGAGUGCAAGAAACUUUUCCCGUCUAUCCUGCCAUGGCACUGGAUUGCAGGCUUGACGCAACCUGCACGUUCAGGAACGCUUUUGGCCGUGAGUUUGACGGCGGAUUGCUGCGCAUGUCUAAGAACCAGUUCUGUCCUGCAUA